AUGUAUUGGUAUACGUUUCACCUGGAGGAAAAUCUCGUUGCCACGGAUAUGCCUAUUGACACGCCUUCAGAGAAUAUGCUCAACUUCAUGCGUAAACACUACUGCUCAGAGGCACCCAUUUGGCAGUCCAAUAACUUUGUGGUCUUUCCGUUGUUUUUUGCGCAUGCCGAGAAAUUCAUGAAACCCCGAAGGAUGCGUUCAGCCACGCCCUGCGCUCGGUCUCCUCCUCUGGCCAGACCGAGUCAAGGGAGCUUAACAAUGCGCGAGCUCCCGGUUAAACCUGCCGUCUGCUCCACGGACUCGGCAGUUCAGGUUACUCCGCAAGUUACGAAUAUCCAGCUGCCUGGUGCUAUUGAACGUACUUCCAACAGUCUAUCGAAAACGGAUUCCACAAAGCCCCCAGUUGAGGAUCCCACCCCAACGAGGUUUCUCCCCUCGGUCAAAGUUGGAAACGAUGCGAUGGAGAAAAUGCCGCCCCCAGGGGUAUCCAAACGCGAAUCCAAUAAGCUGUCAAGCUCUGAUCAGUCUUCUUCGAACUCCGUUAGGUUGGUGCCUCUGGUUUCAGCUUGUAUAAAAUAUCUACUGAAGUGUUUUAGUAGGCGUGUUUGUGUUGUACAAUAUUUUCGCGUUUUUGUAGGUCUGCCGUAG